AUGGUGCUUAGAGACGACGAUAUCUCUUAUGACCAUGGAAAUAUUCAGACUAUUACCAAAGACUCUCGUCAUACCCUCCUUUAUCUUUUGGCGAGGGUUGAGUCGCGAGGUCGACAAGAUGCUUUCCGGCAUCCUAAUAUUCAAUCAAAAGGGUGGAACCUCAUCUUCCGAGCCUUUCGAAACGACUGUCGACCACGUCUCGCCGAUGUCUUUCGAAUUCAAGUUAUAUCCAAUCCUCAGGUCCGCUCGCCUAUUCUCACCCUCGGAAGCACCACCUUUAGUCAUGUUAAGCAUGAAAACAUCUACUUGGUUGCCAUUACUAAGAGCAAUGCCAAUGCUGCCUUGGUGUUCGAGUUUCUAUACCGGCUGAUCCAGCUUGGUAGGGGUUACUUCGGCAAGUUCGACGAGGAGGCCGUCAAGAAUAAUUUCGUGCUAGUCUAUGAACUAUUAGACGAGAUCAUCGAUUUUGGAUACCCUCAGAAUACCGAGACAGACACCCUAAAGAUGUACAUCACUACCGAAGGUGUCAAGUCCGAACGCGCACCUGAAGACUCGGCCAAGAUAACUAUGCAAGCUACCGGUGCCCUAUCCUGGAGGAAGGCCGAUGUUAAAUAUAGAAAGAAUGAAGCGUUCGUUGACGUGAUAGAGGAUGUCAACCUUUUGAUGUCAGCUACGGGGACCGUUCUUCGUGCCGAUGUCACCGGCCAGAUUAUCAUGCGCGCAUAUCUCUCGGGUACACCGGAAUGUAAGUUCGGGCUCAACGACCGCCUGCUGUUAGACCACGAUGGCCUCCAGUCGUUGCCGAGCGGUAAUAAGCUCGGGACCAAAGCUACAAAAGCAGCUGCCGGCAAUUCGAUACCGACCGAAUUUAUCUCCUUCAUCCCUCCCGACGGCGAGUUCGAGCUUAUGCGAUAUCGAGCAACGGAAAACGUCAAUCUACCCUUCAAGGUGCACGCCAUCGUUAAUGAAGUUGGCAAGACCAAAGUAGAGUAUAGUAUUGGCGUCAAGGCGAACUUUGGUAGCAAAUUGUUCGCUACCAACGUCGUUGUUCGUAUCCCCACUCCGUUGAACACAGCUCGUAUCACGGAACGCUGCACCCAAGGAAAGGCCAAGUACGAGCCAAGCGAAAACAACAUCGUCUGGAAAAUCGGUCGCUUCACUGGCCAAAGCGAAUUCGUGUUAAGUGCCGAGGCGGAGCUCACGAGCAUGACAAACCAGAAGGCCUGGUCGCGCCCGCCUCUCAGCAUGAACUUCAGCCUUCUCAUGUUUACUAGCUCGGGUCUCCUUGUACGAUACUUGAAGGUGUUUGAAAAGAGUAAUUAUUCAAGUGUAAAAUGGGUUAGAUACAUGACGAGAGCAGGGUCAUACGAAAUCCGGUAA